AUACCUUCUUUAAGUCGGUCACCUUCAGCAUGUGUUUUCUUAAUUCGUUCAGACCCAGCUAGGUCGACUAAAUGUAAUUUAACUGUUAAUGUACCUCCUGUAUUCUCCCCAUCCAUCUCUGUUAUCUUUGGCCGCAACAAAAAACAUAGAGUAAGAAUGGCAUGACUGCGACUGGAUCUUAAAUUCCGCCCCCCCGUACUCGCAACGCUUCUUUUUGUUGAGCCACAGCGAAGAAGAUAAAGAACUUCUUCCG